CCACUAAACCUGUAGACUUAGAUCUAUGCAAGUACUACACGUACUAAACUAACUGUCUGGAAGGUUAGGUGCUUAAACCAUAGACGGUGGUGUACUGUCUAUGCUUAAACAAGGGCUACCAGCUAUCUGACCUAUAUUUCUAGUUUCAUUUACACAGAUUAGGGUUUCUCAUUCACUUCAGUCAUCUAUUCAGCCCACGAGCACACAGAGAUACAGGAUAAUGUCUUCACCAUCCUCAUUAUCUCCUCAACAAGUGACGGAUCAUCCUCAAUUGCUUGAGCCCCACAGUCUUGAGAGCCAAUCCCGUUCCAGUACCUGGCCUUCUUCGCCUGACUCGACUAAAAAGAUGCGUUAUGCUUGGGGCAAUAUGUCUUAUGCUGAUCUCAUCACUCAGGCCAUUUUGUCGUCACAGGAUAAGAAACUAACACUACCUGAGAUUUAUAACUGGAUUGUUCAAAAUGUACCGUAUUUCUCUGAUAAAGCAAAAAGUCCAUCCACUUCUGGUUGGAAGAAUUCAGUGAGACACAAUCUAUCACUUCACAGUCGGUUUGUUAAGGUACGGAAUGAAAGCAGUGGCAAGAGCAGUUGGUGGACAGUCAAUCUUGAUGCUAAGAGCUCACGUGGUAGAAGGCGCUCCUCAUCAAUAGUCUCGCCUGGCAAAACUGAGAAACAAGAAAAGAAGAAACACUUAAAGAAGAUGAAAAAUACACGCUCUUCUAGCCCAUGUGACAGUCCCACCACCACAGGCUUCUUACAAGCAUCUUGGAGCCCAUCCUCUUAUACUGACUGUCCAUCUCCUACUAAUUCUGAUCAAUCUGCUACCUACUUUCCUAUAGCUUUCUCUCCUGUCCUUCAACAGAGUAGAAACACUACGCCUGUCUCUCCUGCAACUCAUUCCCCUGGAUCAAGUCAGGAUCGAUUUCAUUGGAGAGCUCAACACACAACUGCAGUAGUAGGAGAGGUCCUGUACUGCUGGGGAGGGCACCAGAGAGAAUUAGAUGAGCCACACUGUGAUUCUCCUACAAAGAGAAAGUGUACUUCUGCUAUUGAUGCGUUUAACUUGUUAUCUGGUGUUUGGUCCUCUCAACCUACUAGAGGUACUCCUCCCUUGGGAAUUAAAGGAGUCUCCUGUACCACCAUUAAUAAUAAUAUUUAUUAUUUUGGUGGUUUUUGUGGCCAUGGCAGUUGCUACCAUAACAGUUUGAACUGUUUAAACACUUUAACUCUUCAAUGGAAAGAAUUACAACCAACUAGUGACAAUUCUGUGACUAAGAGAGGCUAUGGGGGCAUGAUAGUAAUGGGAAGUGAAGGUGAACCUCAACAAUUGCUGGUUAUUGGUGGAUAUUGUCCUAUAUCAACUACUACACAGUAUCAUCAUCAAUUUGAAUAUAAUACAAUUAUGAUACCUGGUGUUGAUGAUCGUCUUGGUACUAAUGAACAGAAUAUUUACAACCUGUCCAAUGGUCAAUGGAUUGUUCCAUCUGUCAGUGGACAGUGCUUUCCACCAACUAGUAACUUUAUAGUUGAAAGGAUCAAUCAUAAUAAAGGAAUUAUGUAUGGAGGACUAGUGACUGAUGGUAAUAGAGAUAUUUCUGCUAAUAGUAUCUACUUGUUUCAAUUAUCACAUAAUACAAUAAACUGGGAGUAUAUUAAACCAGCACCAAUACCUAAUGAUGGACUGUGGCCUCAAGGAAGAGAUCGUCAUGCCAGUACUAUUAUCAGUGGUGUCUCUACCUCACCUACACUAGUAGUGAUUGGUGGAAUGGAUGAUAAUGAUGAACUAGUGAAUGAAUGUUUAUUAUUAGACACAAACCAGUACAAUUGGAUGAAGAUUCCUCUACCUGAUUCCAUUACUGGUAGAUUCUAUCAUACUGUAUCAUCUUUUUUUCUUGACCCUAAUCAUGUGUUCCUGAUAAUAGUCGGAGGUAUUGUAAAGACUGAACAGAAAGACAUAGGAGGAGGAGUAAUGAAAUGGUUUGCUACACCUGUGACUGAUCCUAAUAUCACAAUGGUAGUAGAGCUAGUUUUUAAUGAUGGUCAAUGGUCAGUGGGUCCAGUAUUAAAUUCACUUAAUAUUCCUUUGUUUUAUGAACUAAUACUAAAAGAAAGAAGAAAGGAAUUGAUUGGAAUGAAUGAAUACAUGACAGUAAAGGAGCUUAAUGAGUCUUUACGUCAUGAUCUACAAGUGGCUAGAAUUAACAACCAAUCACUUCAGGAAGCACUACUGGAGACUCAAUCACUAUCAGUUUCUAGUGCUGCUGCUCUUAUGGGAAAAGAGGAAAUAAUACAAAGACUUGAAUUACGACUGCAGGAAAUUGAGAAGCAGUUAGUGCCUGUCACUAAAGUUCCAGUGUAUGGAGCUAAAUUCAUUGAACUAGAGGAUCAGGAUAUUAAAGAGAAACAGAUUCAUUUAGAAGAUCAAAUCAUUGUUAAGAAAGAGAAGAUGGAUGUCACUCUACAUGAACAUGAUCAAUUUAGCAUCAAAGGAACUAAUUCUGUUGGUGUACAAUUUGACUACUUGAUCCCCUCAAUGGAUAAUUUGGAAUAUCUGAGUGAUGUCCAGGUAGCAGUAUCACUCUCAAAGCCUCUACUGAAGCCACUACAACUAGAGAUACAGCACUGCAUUGAUUUAACAGGACAACCAGAUCUUGGAGGAUACUUAAAGUUUGCAAUAGCUCCUGUGGGCACAGCCAGUCUUCCUUACCAGUUCACAUUAGUAGAGGGAGGAGAGUUUAGGACUGAUAGUUGGUAUGGAUCCAUAAACGGGAGAAAUCCUUUAUCAGAGCCUGGGUCCAGUAUCAGGACAAAGAACUCGUCAUCUUCUGGGGGUAAUGAUGCAUUACUUCAGCAGCACCAAUUGGAGGAAUCAAAUAGUACUGAAAAUAGAUCUAAAGAAUUCUUAAAGGCUGAAACCUAUGCUGGACUGGUUUAUUAUGAGGAGAAAGGUGUAGAAGAUGUAGUGACUUUUACUGCUGCUAAAAAUUUGAAUGCACUUCUUGAGGUGAGCCGCCAUUAA